AUGAUUCAUUGUUGUCAUUUCGCUCGCAAUUCACUGCUGUGCAAAACCGCAAUAAAAAAAACUCACAAAAUAUAUAAAAACCACAUGAUUUAUUACAACCCGGUGUGGAAAAAAAAAGUAUUAGACAAUUUUUCAUAAAGUUAAAAUAAUUUCACAUUAUAUCGACAUUUGAUAAGAUAAUGUUUUUGAAUUGAAAAUAAAAAAAAAAAAGGUUAAGUUAUUUCGUGCACGCAUUGACCCUAACCCCACCACGUGUCGCGUAUAUUAUACAUUCGUUUUUGUACCGCGACAACCGGAUUCUUUUUUUUUUUUUUUCUUUUCCACCAAAAGAGUGGGUAUAGGAAUUUAUUAUACACACAUAAGUCCACUGGUAACUCACUUUCUGGAUUCAUUUCAUUCACAACACUCGUCUGCUCGCGAACAGUCACACAUUUUAGCCCCCCCCCCCUCGAGUAUAUAAGUUGAGAGAAAGAAAAAGAAAAAAAAAAAAAAAAAAAAGAGAGAGAAAAAGACGUGAGAAUUUCCGUCGAAAAGAGACAGGCUCACCCAGUGACCGGAAUUUUCACCUUACCCGUCGAUUUUCACUUCUAACCUAAAUAUAUACAUAUAUUCUCAUAAUAUUCUCAAUGCCGCUAAUAAACCACGCGAGUUGGUAAAAAUUCUCGUCUUAAAAAAAAUUUGUCACACGUGUUUUUUUUUUCAAAUAACUAUCGUGAAAAAAAGUAUACGCGAUUUUUUUUUUUUUUGUCAUUUAGGGUCAUUGCAAAGUUCACCGGUCAAUCGAGAGCGAUCUGGUUAUUUUUUUGUUUUUUUUUUUUUAAUACUGUGUGUGGUGACAUUUGAGAUCUAUAAAAUAACAUUUUAGUGAUGUCAUAGUAUAUAUAAACGAGAAAAAAAAGGCUUAUAAAGAAGAUAAAAUUUUCCUGAAGGAUUGUGAGUAAACGAAGGAUGACAGUGUUCUGACCUUGUGAGGAAAAACGGAUAUAUUUAAAAUUUUAAUUUCUCAUCAUGUGGCCCAAGGAUGUUGGUAUUAAGGCAAUGGAAUUAUAUUUUCCGGCGCAAUAUGUUGCGCAAGAGGAUUUGGAAGAAUUCGAUGGUGUCUCACCUGGUAAAUACACAAUUGGUUUGGGACAAUCGAAAAUGGGUUUUUGUACCGACAGAGAGGAUAUAAAUUCCCUUUGUCUAACAGUAUUGAGCCGUUUAAUGGAUAGAUAUCAAAUAAAUCCCAAAGACGUGGGUCGUCUUGAAGUUGGUACAGAGACAAUUCUUGAUAAAAGUAAAUCGGUAAAAACUGUACUCAUGCAAUUAUUUGAGCCAUCGGGUGCAACUGAUAUUGAAGGAAUUGAUUCAACUAAUGCAUGUUACGGUGGUACUGCUGCAUUGUUUAAUGCAAUUUCAUGGGUUGAAAGCAGCGCUUGGGAUGGUCGACUUGCAAUUGUUGUUGCUGCCGAUAAUGCCGUUUAUUCAAAAGGAAGUGCAAGACCAACGGGAGGUGCUGGAGCAAUUGCAAUGGCAAUUGGACCAAAUGCGCCUCUUGUUUUUGAAAGAGGUCUUCGUGCAUCGUGCAUGCGACACGCUUACGAUUUCUAUAAACCUGAUCUUCGCUCUGAAUAUCCCGUUGUCGAUGGUAAACUCUCAAUUCAAUGCUACCUCAGUGCUUUAGACACGUGUUACGAGCGUUACGCGACAAAAGCAAAAAACAAAAAUAAUGACAAUAUCACAUUAAAGAGUUUCGAUGCAAUGCUCUUUCAUUCGCCCUAUGGAAAAUUAGUUCAAAAAUCAUAUGCCCGUCUUGCCUUUGUUGAUUAUCUCAAUCUAACCAAAGAAGAAGCAAUAAAACGUUUUCCUGAUUUACAAAAAUUUCAAAAUUCCAAAUUAGAAACAACAUAUUUUGAUCGUGAUGUUGAAAAAGCAUUUCUCGACGUGAGUAAAACGGAUUUUGAAAAAAAGACAAAACCAAGUUUAUAUGUGGCUAAUUUAGUUGGUAAUAUGUAUACGCCAUCGGUUUAUUCGGGACUUGUUUCUUUAUUAAUUAGUAAACCAAUUGAAGCAUUGGCUGGUAAUAAAAUUGGAAUAUUUUCCUAUGGUUCUGGUUUAGCGUCAAGUAUGUAUUCAAUGAAAAUUUCCAAUGAUAUUGCUCAAGAUUCACAAUUAGCGCGAAUAAUUGAUAAUCUUAAAUAUGUAAAGGAACAAUUAUUGGCAAGAAAAUGUUUAACGCCUGAGAAUUAUACGAGAAUUCUUGAUGUUAGGGAGAAAAAUUGUCACGUUGUGCCGUAUGAACCACAAGAAAGUAUCGAGCACAUGUUCCCGGGAACUUAUUAUCUCGUUAAAGUUGAUGAAUGCCAUAGGAGAACAUAUAAAAGAGUUCCUGUGGAAAAAUAGAAUUUUACAAAAAAAAAAAUAAAAAAAAAUUGAGUAAAAAAAUAGUUAAAAUUUCUCCUAAAUGAUAAAUAAUUUCUCGUUUUUUUCUCUCACAAACCGAUUUUCGUUGGAUAAAUUUAAUCCUCCGAGAGGUUAAAUUCAUCCACACGAUGUGAAAACGGCCUUAUUCGAAAAAAUUCGAAUUUUCAAACAGUUAUUACUUUAAACAAUUGAAAAAGUUUCAUUCAAAAUCUUUUACUUUUUAGAAAAAAAAAUUGGCAAAUACAACGAGAUUUUAAGAAUAUUAUUUAACUUUUACGGAGUUAGUAAUUUUUUUCUUGGUGGAAGAAUAAUGAAAAAUUUGUAAUUUAAAAUUAUUUAUCGCUUAGCUACGCACCGAAAGUGCCGAAUCAAUAUUCGAUUCACAUUUCGGCUUUUUUUUUUAAAUAUCAAAAUACUAAAAAUCUUCGACUUGAGAAAACUAUAAAAGAAAAUUUUUUAAUUCAAAAAUGAUAAAAUUAUGCAAUAUAGACGCUGUUAUCACCGUGUGGAUUAAAUUUUAACUUAUUAAAGGAAUUGGCUAAAUUUGCGUCUGCGCAGAACAUUCGUACGAAGAUUUACGAAUAUUGACGAAUGUUCUGCGCAGACGCAAAUUUAAUCCACACGGUGCAAGCGGCGUAAUAGUUUAAGAUUGUUAAAUUUUUAUUUUCUAAAAUUAAUUAACGAAAUUAACCUUUAGUUAAAUUAUUUUUUUUUUUUAUUAAAAUCUUAUUUUCUCAAACUAUUGACAUUAAAAAGCAAAUUAAAUUUUCAUGUUUUUUCAAGUUACUGAAAUUUUUUUUUUUUUUAGAAAAAACAAGACUUCCAUUUCUCUUGUCCCCCAAAAUUUUUAUAAUUAUGCGAAAAGGUGCCUUUCUGAAAAUGAAAAUUUUAAAUAUAAGCUUUUUAGCUGGCAUUUAUAUUUCUAAUCAAUAUUUAUAUAAAUAUAUAUCUACUUUUUUAUAAACAGAGAAAAAAAAAUCAAAGACCAAAUGUAGUGUAAAUAAUGUUGUUAAUUUCUUUCUAUUUAAAUGAUUUUAUCGCAAUUCCAUUCAAGUAUUCUUAUUUUUUUUUCUCAAUCAAAAUACCUCGAUCUGCUGAUAAAAUAGAAAGUUUUUUUUUUUAAGGUUUCUUGAAAAUAUUUAUAAGUUUUUAAUAGAAGUGUACAAAAAAAAAAUAUUUUACAUGUUUUUUUGGUGAUGGUUUUCUUAAGAUUAAUUAUGUUAAAAAAAAAUUAUGUAAUAUUUAAAAUGUUUAAUAAAUAUGAUUUGUUGAAAA